UAUCGGUCAAGCCGAAGCAUCUGUUGAUCAAGCCCAGGCGUCCGUCGGUCAAGCUCAAGCAUCCGUCGAUCGCAGCACUGUCAGCCGGCUGUGGCCAUUAGCAGACCCAUCAGACAAUCCACGCACUCCGCCUGUAUCUGUCGGCCCAUUCUCCCUCGGCCAAGCCCCAGGCACAAAUUCUAUCUGUCCCCGCACACAUGUCGCCAACCAACGCUGUAGUCGUCAAAUGGGCCGUCAAGGUCGCCAACUGGAGCCCGUCUACUGAGGAAUUCAAGGCUGCUCUCUCCGAAAUCCAGACCGACGAGCAUGAAAAAGUGCUCAAGUUUAUGCUCCCGGUCGACCGGAAGCGGGCUCUGGUUGGACGACUGCUUGCCAAGCGACUGAUCCUGCAUUUCUUCCCAGACCAGCGAUGGGACCAAGUCCGUCUGUCGAGAACAGAGUACCAGAAGCCGUUUUGGGCACCCGGGCUGCAGAUGAGCCCAGCUUUCCACUUCAACUACUCGCACCACGGCGACUGGGUUGUCAUUUCAGGGCACCUGGGCGGCCCUAUCGGCGUCGAUGUGACCAACACAAUAUGCCCCAGCAACACCACCGUCGAGGCCUAUCUGGGCGACUUUAAGAGCUUUUUCAGCACCCGCGAGUGGCAAAAGAUUCGGGCAGGCAAUCCAUCCGAAGCCACGCUGAUGCAUCGCUUCGCUUGCCACUGGUGUCUGAAGGAAAGCUACACAAAGGCCCUUGGGGUUGGACUGGGCUUGGACUUUUGGAAGGUCGAGUUCCUGUAUGAUGGCCUGCUGUCGCUGGAUGAGCCGCUUCAAAGCCGCAUCAGCGUCUAUGUCAACGGUGCUCUCCAGCCUGGGUGGAUCUUUGAGCUGGGCUCUGUUGAUGCGACGCAUCCUGUCUGCGUUGCAUACAGCGGCAGCGAGGGAGUCGAUGCAGCCUCUCGGUCGCCGAGUCCGUUCGUCGUCAAGGAUAUCUGCGAUCUUUUGUCUUGAGACCAAUAGAUUGACUUUCUGUCGCCGCCCGCCCCCGUCCCCCGUGCGGCAUGCGAUCC